CAAGCGUCCGAUCUGUCCUACGGACUGCAAAGCUGCGGACUUUUCCCCGUCCUGAGCAAACGCAAUGAAGGUACUCCUCAAAGCAUGGUCCCCAGCUCGCACCCCUACGUGUCAGGGAUGGAAGUGUGGCUAAAACCCCCCCGCUCCUGCCGCAUGGAAGAGCCGGAGAGCCAGCAGGCCACCUCGUGCUCCUUCGCCCCCAGCAUCAAGGCGCCUCCAUCUUUGCCUGCCGUCCCGGACGCGGGGAGGAAGGAGGACGAGGAGCGGUCCCCCAGCCCCUUGGCGUGUGUCUCCCAGAGGGAGGACGAGACUCAGGCUUCAUCUUCCACCGCAGAGGAGCUCUCUCCAGCUCCCUCAGAGAGCAGCAAAGCCUCUCCCGAGAAAGAGCCCGUAGGCAAUUCAAAAGGAGAAAAUGCAGCAAACUGGCUCACGGCAAAAAGUGGCAGAAAGAAACGGUGCCCCUAUACCAAGCAUCAAACUCUCGAGCUGGAAAAGGAGUUUCUGUUCAAUAUGUACCUGACUCGUGAGCGUCGCCUAGAGAUCAGCCGCACAGUCCACCUCACAGACAGACAAGUUAAAAUCUGGUUUCAGAACCGCAGAAUGAAACUGAAGAAAAUGAACAGAGAGAAUAGGAUUCGGGAGCUCACAGCCAACUUUAAUUUCUCUUGA